CUUGGCUGACUUUUCCUUCUCAUCUAUCAUUUCAUCAAUAGAGUGCUGUAAUAGGUUCUCCAUCUUUUAUAAUCGUCUCCUCUCUCUUUUUUUUACAGCGUCAGACAGCAGUCAGAGGUUUCAGGAAACAUGUUUUGCGUUUGCACUAACGCCUCAGCAAGUUCAGCAGAUCAGCAGUUCAGUGGACAUCUCUGGGACCAAAUGUGACUUCACCGUGCAAGUACAGCUAAGGUUUUGCUUAUCAGAGACAAGCUGUCCUCAGGAAGAUCAUUUCCCACCCAACCUUUGUGUGAAAGUGAAUGGAAAACCCUGUAACCUCCCUGGAUAUCUUCCUCCAACCAAAAAUGGAGUGGAGCCAAAGCGGCCGAGCAGACCCAUCAACAUUACCUCGCUGGUUAGGUUGUCUACAACAGUUCCCAACACCAUUGUUGUGUCAUGGACGUCGGAAAUCGGAAGGAGUUACUCCAUGGCAGUGUACCUGGUCCGUCAGCAGUCCUCUUCAGUUUUGCUACAGAGACUACGGUCAAAAGGCAUUAGAAACCCAGACCACUCAAGAGCACUCAUCAAAGAAAAGCUUACCGCUGACCCUGACAGUGAGAUUGCCACCACCAGCCUGCGAGUUUCCUUGCUCUGUCCGCUGGGAAAGAUGCGACUGAUGAUUCCCUGCCGAGCGCUCACUUGCUCACACCUGCAAUGCUUUGAUGCUACACUCUACAUCCAAAUGAAUGAGAAGAAACCCACCUGGGUGUGUCCGGUCUGCGACAAGAAAGCCCCAUAUGAGCACCUUAUUAUUGACGGGUUGUUCAUGGAGAUCCUGAGCAGCUGUGUGGACUGUGAUGAGAUCCAGUUUAAAGAAGAUGGCAAUUGGGCUCCUAUGAGAUCCAAAAAGGUGGUACAGGAAGUGUCAGCCUCAUCAAAUGGCAUUGAAGACUCGUGUCGGUCAGUUGUGUCAGACCACAGAAACAGUUCGUCCCAUGGCAGCAGCAGUAAGAAAGUGGAGGUGAUUGACCUGACACUAGACAGCUCCUCAGAUGAUGAUGAUGACGACGAUGAAAAUGAAAACGAAGAGCCUCCUCCUAAAAGAGCCUGUCCAUCUCUAUCACCAUCCUCCCCACCUAUCAACAAAGGAGUGUUAAAUCUGCAUCAUCAGGCGUCUCCACUGGCACGGGCUCCCAGCAUGCCAGCAAUGGAGACAAACUAUAUCCCUCCCCCUCCUCCUCUCAUUCAAGACUACCGUCACUAUUACCACACACCCAGUGACCUCUCAGAUCUGAAUUUCUUCUCAUUUUUACAAGGGGACAAUCACCAGCAUUAUAACAUGGUCAUGGCCGCUGCAGCCGCCGCCUCAGCUUCUGCGUCAGAAGACCACGAGCUGCUGUUGAACCGCUUCAUGCCCUAUGGUUCCUCACAGCUCUUCCUGGAGCAGCCGGGGACGCCGGUGAACAGCUCACUAGUGCCAGCCAGCGGGGGCAGCAGCAGCGGAAGCAGCAGCAGUCUGGUAUCUUCCAGCAGUCUGAGAGACAGCCACCCACACAAUAACGUGUCCCGCUCGCGCUCUGACGCUGCCGCCACAUCAGUAAUAUACGGAUCCAUCCCUGACGUAAUUUCACUGGACUGA